UUGGUCUCAACUGAAGGUGGUAAACUUCUUCUGGAACUGAACCGAUUGUUGAGGCCUGGUGGUUACUUUGUAUGGUCGGCUACUCCAGUUUACCGGAAGAAUGAAGAAGAUUCUGGGAUAUGGAAAGCAAUGUCAGAGCUGACAAAAGCGAUGUGCUGGAAGCUAGUGACCAUCAAGAAAGACAAACUGAAUGAGGUCGGUGCUGCCGUAUUCCAGAAGCCAACAUCAAAUCGGUGCUACAAUAAAAGAACUCAAAACAAGCCACCGCUCUGCAAAGAGUCCGAUGAUCCAAAUGCAGCCUGGAACGUUCUACUUGAGGCAUGCAUGCACAAGGUACCAGAAGAUUCAUCGAAGCGUGGAGCUGUGUGGCCUAAGCAGUGGCCACAAAGGUUGGAGACUGCUCCAGAGUGGUUGAGCUCUCAGGAAGGCGUUUACGGGAAACCUGCAGAAGAGGAUUUCAACACUGAUUACGAACGCUGGAAGACGAUUGUUUCAAAAUCAUACCUCAACGGUAUGGGAAUUGAUUGGUCUUCCGUGAGAAAUGUCAUGGACAUGAGAGCUGUCUAUGGAGGAUUUGCUGCUGCGCUGAAGGAUCUGAAAUUGUGGGUGAUGAAUGUUGUCCCCAUUGACUCAGCAGAUACACUUCCGAUAAUAUAUGAACGUGGUUUGUUCGGAAUGUAUCACGACUGGUGUGAGUCAUUCAACACUUACCCCCGAACUUACGACCUUCUUCACGCCGAUCAUCUUUUCUCUGCCCUGAAGAAGAGGUGCAAUUUGAUAUCGGUUAUGGCUGAAGUCGAUAGGAUUCUCCGGCCACAGGGAACGUUCAUCGUUAGAGAUGAUGUUGAAACAGUAGGGGAAGUCGAAAGGAUGGCGAAAUCGAUGAAAUGGGAAGUAAGAAUGACGUACUCAAAAGACAACGAGGGUCUGCUUUCGGUUCAGAAGACGUUUUGGCGCCCCAAAGAGGCCGAGACAAUAAAAUCGGCGAUCGCCUAACAAGCAGAGGAUCGCCAGCAACUCUUCCUUCACUCAAAACCAUUCCAUUGGUUAUUACACAGUUUGGUAAGUUGGUUCUUCAAGAACAUCAUCAAAUUGGUUGUCACUUUUCCAUAGGUAAGAUUCUUUAUCCACUUGCAAUCUGAAGGAAAUUGUAUACAUAAUUCACCCAUGAAAGUGUAGAAGUCAAAAAGAAGCUUGCUUUGUAUCUCUCCAUCCAUAUGAAAACUCGUAAGAUAUUUUUGGAUUUUUUGUAUGAAUUUAGUGGAAGACAGAUUGUUAGUAAUGAUUCUAAUGAACGAUUUUUACGGAUCAUUAUUAAGGCA